GGUAUCUUGUGUAUGAAGUUAAUAAUCAUUUCAGCCAGCAUUGCCCUUCCAACUUCCAAGGUGUAAAAUCUUAAGUCCCUUGUGUUGGGACCAUAUAUAAUUUUAUUGUAUCUUUGAGUUAGUUUGAAUCCCACGCGUCUAUAUAAUAAUAAUAAUCUUAAACACUUGAUGAGGUCCAUCGUAUAAACUAAAAUGAUGAUGACAAGCUUCCAAUAAUGUCUAUAGAAUUUAUAACAUCAACUACACAUCAAUAACAAUUCCACAUUUUAAGCUUCUUGUUCAAUCACAAACAUGGGAGGCACAAAAUCUCUCAAGAAUUGUACCUUGCUGCUUUCAAUUACUCUCACUUUGCUUUGUGGUUUUCUAUUGAGCUUUUCCAUGGCUACUGUUUAUUUUGUUGGUGACCAAGAUGAAUGGAAUAGCCAGACAGAUUAUGCUUCAUGGGCAGAGGGAAACAAUUUUACUCUUGGUGAUCUUCUAGUUUUCAAGUAUGUUAAAGGGCAACAUAAUGUGUAUGAAGUAAGUGAGGAGAGUUUCCGAUCAUGUGACACAAGCAAUGGAGUGUUGGCAAAAUAUGAGAGUGGAAAAGAUGAAGUUGAACUCAAAAAGGUGAAGAAAUAUUGGUUCAUUUGCAACAUUGCAGGGCACUGCCUUGGAGGCAUGAGAUUUGGAAUUGAUGUUAAACAAAGAACCAAUCUUACCCACCAUGCUUCAAAUUUCAGUGAUCAUGCAUUAACCCCACAUAACAAUAUUGAACCUACUCCCUCAUUUAAUAAUAAUAAUUCUUCUAUAAUUUUGAUGUACAUGUUUUUCUAUACUCUUUCUUCCUCAACAUUAUGA